AUGCUCGAUCGCGCAUUUGUCUGUGCGGGCUGCACAGCGCGCUUGGCUCCUCCGGUCUUACGGGCCAAGUCGUUCCCCGCACGGUCUUUAUCAAGGCGAUUGAACAGUAAUGUUGCUUCGGGGAAUCGGCCCACUCGAGUUGCCGUUGUAGGCUCUGGGCCGGCAGGAUUCUAUGCCGUGGCAAGGCUAUUGAGCAAGCAUGCUGACCUCAAGGUUGACAUGUUUGAAAAACUGCCGGUGCCAUUUGGGUUGGCUAGAUAUGGUGUUGCCCCGGAUCAUCCAGAGGUCAAGAAUUGUGAAGACAAAUUUACCGAAGUCGCAACAUCCUCACGCUUCAACUUUGUCGGUAAUAUCGAGCUCGGGAACGACCUACCUCUCGCUGCACUCAAACCCCACUACGAUGCUAUUCUUUUUGCAUACGGAGCGUCGCAAGAUAAGGAGCUUGGAAUCCCGGGAGAGAACGCUCUUCGUAGCGUAUACUCGGCCCGCUCCUUUGUAGGAUGGUACAAUGGUCUACCCGAACAUCGGGAUUUAAACCCGGACUUGUCCAGCGGUGAGGAUGCAGUGAUCGUUGGACAGGGAAACGUAGCCCUUGACGUCGCUAGAAUCUUAUUGUCAGACGUGGAUGCGCUUCGAACUACCGAUAUUGCCGACCAUGCUCUGGAAGUACUGUCUCGGAGUCGGAUCAGACGGGUACGCGUGGUUGGUCGCCGAGGCCCAUUACAGGCCUCUUUCACAAUCAAAGAAGUCCGUGAAUUACUUCAAUUGCCUUCCGUCUCGUUCGAACCGAUCCGGGAUGAUGUGUUCCCUCCAGAAGAUGUUGUCAAUGCCCUACCUCGGGCCCAGAAGCGAUUGAUGCAGCUCCUCGCCAAGGGCUCCGCCAAUGACCCCGAGACAGCGACCAAGAAGUGGUCUUUGAAUUUCCUCCUCUCCCCCGAGUGCCUCGAUUGGUCACCAGUACAUCCUUACCAUCUCUCGCAUGCUAAAUUCUCUCGUAAUGAGCUCGAUCCCUCCGACCCUUACACCGCCAGUUCCAAAGUCACACCGAAAUACCUCUCGAAUGGAAAUCGCGCUCAGGCCAAUCUCCCCGCCAGUGUCUUCUUCCGCAGUGUGGGCUACAAGUCGCUUCCUCUGCCCGGACUUGAGGAUCUCGGUAUCGAAUUCGAUACUCGACGUGGCGUGAUUCCUAAUGAUGGACUUGGUCGUGUGACGAGUCCCUCGGACUCGGGUGAGCCUCGUAAGCUGCCGGACGGGUCAUUGAUUUCCUACUUGCCUGGCUUGUACUGUGCCGGGUGGGUUAAGCGUGGCCCGACGGGCGUUAUUGCAUCGACCAUGACAGAUGCCUUCACCACAGUGGAUACUAUAUUACAUGACUUGGCAAGCCACGAAGGCUCUCUAUUACAUAACUCUGGUCAGAGCACCGGUCUAGGCUGGGAGGGCGUGAAGGCUGAAGUACAGCAACGUGGACUCCGGGCAACAUCCUGGCAAGACUGGCAGCGCAUUGACAGCAUUGAGCGUGAGCGCGGUCAGCAGAAAGGCAGACCUCGCGAGAAGUUUACACGUGUUGAAGAAAUGCUGCAGGCUCUUGAUUGA